AUGGGAUACCAUUACAUGCUAGAAGAAGUACAGAUUACAGGACAUCAACUGGAAAAAAUCAUGGGUUUAUACCAGAGAUUCCACAGGAUUUUGAUAGUGUAAAUAUUGAAAAUUGAUAGGAACCUAAAUAUUUUUCAAUAAAUUUUAGAGAGGCAAAGCAAAAUUUCAGCGUGAGCUACUUGAUAAAGAUAUUACUAUAAGGAAUGAGUAUCAAAGUACUUAUACCAAAGAGUAUGAUGAAAAAUACACUGAUAAAGAUAUGCCCAGAAACGACUUGGCAACGAAUUCUCAGAGGGUGGAUUUCACUAGAACUGUUGAAGAAAGGAUAUUUAAAACUCCUCCUCGGCCAGCUGCCCCGAAACUCACUGAAAUGAAAGAUUCUUAUUUAUUGUGUCAUUGGACGCCUCCGAGAGAUAAUCAUCUUGAUUUCACAUGUCAAAUGCCAGACACAUACAGAGGAGUUCAACCAGAUAUCAAUCCUGGCGAAAUGGGCUACUACAAAUAUUUGGAUUUUUAUAUGUCUGAAAAUAAAUCAAAGUUUGUUUCCUAUAAACCUGAACAAAUGCAAAAAGCUAGAGAAGACUUUCCUACUUUUUAUAAUACUGGCGGAGUUCAUAAGGGUUUCAAAGGCGAAUUACCAGGAAAUUUACAUGGAUACAAAAACUUGUAUGAUAAAAGAGUUUUCAGAAUUGAAUACCCGAAUAGAAUUUUAUCAAAUGCUCCCAAAAGAGUACCACAUUUUGGUAUGACCUCAGAAUACCAAUCAAACUACCCCAAGCCAGCCUAUUCAGACUUCUACCCAUAUGUGCAAGAAAAUGGACUUUACUUUCCUGAAGCCCUACCACAUUCCUCUCCAUGGCAAGAUUUGUGCCCUCCCGCAAUGUAUCGCAGCGAAUAUUGUCACAUCGGCACUGGGUGGCCUGUCAGGGCCGUAGUGGAUGUAAAUAAAUAGUUCACAGAGGCACAUUCUGAAAACUUUUGAAUAAAAUUAAUACAAAAUUUAUCGUAUUUUUAACAUUUUAUUGCAAAGCUCUUACAAAAAUAACAGUAUCUUAAAUAUUUAAUUGUGGUACUCAAAUUUCGAGCCCUAACAAAUAAUUUGCACAACCCCCUGUCAAGUCUAACCCAAACAUGGAAUUUAACUUAAGAAUUUCCCAAUACAUUCCAAACAAAAAAUAAACUAAAAAAUUCCCAAAAAAUAUAAUAAAAUACGUCAUAAGUACAAAUUGAACACACAAAUUAAUUAAUAUUUUUUUUGGAUUAAAUCAAUUUUGCGUUGACAAAAUUAAUUCAAAACCAAAACGGAUUUCUUAAAAUAAUUAGCCUAUGAGUCCCAGCCCAGUGGUCCAAUUUUUGAAAAAAUAUCGCAUACGAAAUUUGAUUCGAAUUUGACUGACAGCAAUGUAAAUUGAAUGGGAAACGUUCGAAAUCAUAUAAAAUUUCGUAUACGAUAUUUUUCAAGAAUUGGGCCCCUGUGCAUGUGUGUAUCCUGAGAUGAAUUUGUGGAAAGAGAUUCGGAUCGCGAUAAAAAGGCAACUAUUCUAAUGGCGUUUCCGAUUGGUUGAUCUAGUGCGGAACUAGUGUAUUUUUUUCUAUUUCUGUCUUUUUCUUCUACAGGUCAAUUAAAAGGAUGCGAAUACACUCAGUGCGCACUGAAUCUGCCAAUCGGAAACGCCAUAAAUCUACACAGCUAGAGUGCAAAAAAGCAUUAAAAAAUAUAUAGUUUUCAAUAGAGAACAGACAUGAGAAACGUUCUAGAACGGUAAUUUCCAGUCAAUCAAUUCAUCUGUCAAUUAGGAUAGACGUUCAACUUAUUAAAAAAUAGGUGGGCAACUGGAAAUUACCGGUUCUGGAACGGUUCUCAUGUCUGUUGGAACAGUGCUUAAUGUAAUAAGAUUUAAAUCAUUUAAAACAAAACUAAAAACUAACAUCCCAAAAUUAUGAAGAACAAAAAAAUACUGGCGGCCUUCCCUCAAGAUCCUGGAAUACCUUGUUGAACUUUGCCUUUACAGGUAGUAAAGGGUAUU